GUUAAUUCGAGUCCGGCUUUAGUAGCACACCGCUUGAUAAGAUCCAGGCCCAUCAGUCAGCCGGCGAGUGCUGCCAGUGCUUCGUUGAGUUAGACCGAAGCUCAAGUUCUGCGAGCUAAUAGGCGCCGAUCAUCAGUAGUACAGCGGAUCAGAAAUCCGAAUACUCGGUAGGAACGUUCCACGCACGCCCUGUCAGAUCUAUCCGGUCCGGUUCGGUAUCAACCGUUCUAAGAAGAGGAUGAUAGUGACAGCGCUGGAGUGACUUAAUUAGUGGCGGUUGUUAGUUUAAACAAAGUAUUCGUGAUAGUCAAUAAGAUCGUGAAGAAACUACGGUUCAAAAUGGGAAACGAAACGGGAGCAAGUGCGCGAUCAGUAUUAUGGUACCUGGUGUUUGUCGGGUUUGCGGUGAACUACAUGAUCCGGAUCAAUUCCAAUAUCACAAUCGUCACGAUGGUGAAGUCAGGCAGUGCGAAAAAAGCGCAGCUUGAUCAGGAACCGGAGCUGAUGAGUUCGACGAUGACUCCAAAGCAGAGUCAACCGAAGAUGUAUGCUUGCUACGUGGAGAGGAACGAGUCGGAUCUGUCGGUUGGCGAAGAUUCGGCUGGUAGAAAUCGACCAACAGGGAGAAUACGAAGUGAACCGAAUUGGGUGUCUCCGGAAAAAUGGCUACUUAAGACAUUGCAGCUAGACACCAAGGACGACGGCUUCGAAUGGGACGAGUACGAGCAGGGCUUGGUGCUGGGAGCGUUCUUCUGGCUCCACUGGUUAACCCAGGUACCGGGAGGUGUCCUGGCACGCAAGUACGGCACCAAGCUGGUGUUCGGCGUUGCCAAUGCGGUCGGAUGUUGGCUGUGCUUCCUGAUGCCGCUGGCAUCCUAUCUGGACUACCGGAUACUGAUCUUCCUGCGCGCCUUCCAAGGAUUGAUAUGCGGAGUAUCGUGGCCGGCAAUGCACCACAUGGCAGGCCAGUGGAUUCCACCGAACGAGCGCAGCAAGUUUGUAACCGCUUACUUGGGUAGCUCCGUGGGAGUUGCUCUGUUCUUCCCCCUUUUUGGGUACAUAAUCUCCUGGACUUCCUGGGAGUACGUAUUCCACUUUUGUGGAAUUUUCGGCACAAUUUGGUAUGUGGCGUGGCUUUACUUCGUGUACGAUUCACCAGCGGAACAUCCACGAAUUCAUCCCAAGGAGCGCGAAUACAUUGAAAGUUCUCUGGGUAUUACCGAGAAAUCCAAGGAACAGGAACGCGAAGAACGAACACCCUGGAUGAAGAUGAUCUUCUCUAAGGCGAUGUGGAUGACGGUAAUUGCCCAAUGGGCUGGCAUCUGGGGUCUGUUCACGGUGAUGACGCAAGCUCCUAGCUACUUCAAUUAUAUCCACGGUUGGGAUGUCAAAAUGACGGGAAUCCUAUCCGGAAUACCUCACCUCUGUCGAAUGGUUUUCGCGUACUUCUUCUCCAUGGUUGGAGACUACCUCCUACGCCGGAACCUCAUGUCCCGUACAAACGUCCGCAAAAUGGGCGGCGCAAUGUGUUGUCUAGUCAAUGGCCUGUUUGUGGUAGCUUUGGCCUACAGUGGAUGUGAUUCAACUUCGGCCAUCGUAUUCCUCACGCUGGCCACGAUGGUCCAUGGAGCGGUGUCCACCGGACCGCUCGCCAACAUCAUCGACAUGAGUCCCAAAUACGCCGGCAUUCUGUUGGGAAUCAGUGGAAUGAUUACCGUCGUUCCAGGAUUCGUCUCACCGAUUUUGGUGGGAAUUCUUACUUUGGGAAAUCAAACGGUCAAACAGUGGGAGUACGUAUUCCUCAUCACCGCCGGAAUGCUCAUAGUUGGUGGAAUCCUCUACACGUUGUUUGCGGACGCAACGCUACAACCGUGGAACACUGGUGGCACGGAAGACGCACAGGAUGCGCGCGAGCUGGUUAGCUUGAAGCUGGACGUGGAACAGGCCAUGCUCGAGAAGGAAAGGGAAGCCAGCGAGAUGGUUCAGGAAGCGGUAACCGCCGAACUGGCGGACGAUGGUGAUUGCAGAAGUGAAGAUCCGAUAGGUGCAGUAUUAGCGCGAUGAACUUUGUGGAAUAAAGCAAAUUGCGGGAAAAUGUGA